AGAGGACUGUCCUCUCUGGCAUGUGUUUGAUGAUCUCAGUGGCUCAGUGUCCUUAUCUUGGGUUGGAGAUCGCACCGGGGUUAUUCUAGUCCUGACUACCUUCCAUGUACCACUGGUAAUUAUGACCUUUGGACAGUCCAAGUUAUAUCGAAGUGAAGACUAUGGAAAAAACUUUAAGGAUAUUACAAAUCUCAUCAAUAACACCUUCAUUCGUACUGAAUUUGGCAUGGCUAUUGGUCCUGAAAAUUCUGGAAAGGUAAUAUUAACAGCAGAGGUAUCUGGAGGAAGUCAUGGAGGAAGAAUCUUCAGGUCAUCAGAUUUUGCAAAGAAUUUUAUACAGACAGAUCUCCCUUUUCAUCCUCUGACUCAGAUGAUGUAUAGCCCUCAGAAUUCUGAUUAUCUUUUAGCCCUCAGCACUGAAAAUGGCCUGUGGGUGUCCAAGAAUUUUGGGGGAAAAUGGGAAGAAAUCCACAAAGCAGUAUGUUUGGCCAAAUGGGGAUCAGAAAAUAUCAUCUUCUUUACCACCUAUGUGAAUGGCUCCUGCAAAGCUGACCUUGGAGCACUGGAAUUAUGGAGAACUUCAGACUUAGGGAAAACCUUCAAAACCAUUGGUGUGAAAAUCUACUCAUUCGGUCUUGGAGGACGCUUCCUUUUUGCCUCUGUGAUGGCCGAUAAGGAUACAACAAGAAGGAUCCACGUGUCAACAGAUCAAGGGGACACGUGGAGCAUGGCCCAACUUCCUUCUGUGGGACAGGAACAAUUCUAUUCCAUUCUGGCAGCUAAUGAUGACAUGGUGUUCAUGCAUGUAGAUGAACCUGGAGAUACUGGAUUUGGCACAAUCUUUACCUCUGACGAUCGAGGCAUUGUCUAUUCCAAGUCUUUGGACCGACAUCUCUACACUACCCCAGGUGGAGAAACAGACUUUACCAAUGUAACCUCCCUCCGUGGGGUCUACAUAACAAGCAUGCUCUCAGAAGAUAAUUCUAUCCAGACAAUGAUCACUUUUGACCAAGGAGGAAGGUGGAAGCACCUGCGGAAGCCUGAAAACAGCGAGUGUGAUGCAACAGCCAAAAACAAGAAUGAGUGCAGCCUUCAUAUUCAUGCUUCCUACAGUAUCUCCCAGAAACUAAAUGUUCCGAUGGCGCCGCUCUCCGAGCCUAAUGCUGUGGGAAUAGUCAUUGCUCAUGGUAGUGUGGGGGAUGCCAUCUCAGUGAUGGUCCCAGAUGUCUACAUCUCAGAUGAUGGGGGUUACUCCUGGAUGAAGAUGCUGGAAGGACCCCACUAUUACACCAUUCUGGAUUCCGGAGGCAUCAUUGUGGCCAUUGAACACAGCAGCCAUCCUAUCAAUGUGAUUAAGUUCUCCACAGAUGAAGGUCAGUGCUGGCAAACCUACACAUUCACCAGGGAGCCCAUUUAUUUCACUGGCCUAGCUUCAGAACCUGGAGCCAGGUCCAUGAAUAUCAGCAUUUGGGGGUUCACAGAAUCCUUCCUAACCCGCCAAUGGGUCUCCUACACCAUUGAUUUUAAAGAUAUCCUUGAAAGGAACUGUGAAGAGAGGGACUAUACCAUAUGGCUGGCACACUCCACAGACCCUGGAGAUUAUGAAGAUGGCUGCAUUCUGGGCUAUCGGGAACAGUACCUUCGGCUACGGAAGUCAUCUGUCUGUCAGAAUGGUCGAGACUAUGUUGUGACCAAGCAGCCAUCCAUCUGUCCCUGUUCCCUGGAGGACUUCCUCUGUGAUUUUGGCUACUUCCGCCCAGAGAAUGAGUCAAAGUGUGUGGAACAGCCAGAACUGAAGGGGCAUGACCUAGAGUUUUGUCUGUAUGGACGAGAAGAACACCUGACAACUACCGGGUACCGGAAAAUUCCAGGAGACAGAUGCCAAGGUGGAGUGAAUCCAGCUCGGGAAGUAAAAGACUUGAAAAAGAAAUGCACAAGCAACUUUUUAAGUCCCAAAACACAGGACUCCCGCCCACAGGGACACAGCUUGUCCCAGAAUCCAGCUCCGCCUCCUCUUGGAUACACUGAAAACACACACUUCCUAUCUCCCACCCAGAAGCAGAAUUCCAAGUCAAACUCUGUUCCAAUUAUCCUGGCCAUUGUGGGAUUGAUGCUGGUCACAGUUGUAGCAGGAGUGCUCAUCGUGAAGAAGUACGUCUGUGGUGGAAGGUUCCUGGUGCAUCGAUAUUCUGUGCUACAGCAGCACGCAGAGGCUGAUGGUGUGGACGCUCUGGACACAGCCUCCCGUGCUAAUAAGAGUGGUUAUCAUGAUGACUCAGAUGAGGACCUCCUGGAAUAGCUGUUCCAAGGAGCUGGGACCCGGCACGGAGAGUGGAACCGCAGUACCUCUUACACUCCCUGUGGCUUCAACUUGGGGAAGUAAAUUUCCCAUUUCAAGGGACCCAACUCUGUUUCUGCUACUUCCAUCAAAGCCAAAAGGACCUACACUAAAGAACUGCCGGGUGGGGUGGGAAACUCUGAACACUCUUAAGAUUGGCUCUGAACAGGGGGAAAUUUUAAGUUCUUUAACUUUUUAUUUCAAGUUCUUUUUUUUUUUUUAAUAUAGGCUUUGGGUUUGUUU